UCAUAAAAAAAGUAUUAUCGAUGACUUUUUUUAUCAUAGCGACGACUAUAUCUCAUAAAAAACAAACAAUGAAGUUAAUCUUCGUCGAUGAGAAUUUAUUAUUGAAGAGAUUGUUUAUUUUCCCAACGCUUCUUUGUUGUCACAAAAACAAAACUGUGUAGUUCGUCAAUUUGAAUAGCUUUUACGACGGCUCGUCACGAUGAAAGUUUUUGUGACGCUCGUAUUUGGAACGGCGCACGACGACCUCAUGGCGUCGCAACACCCCAUUUGCAGCGACAUUUGGCCUUUACCGACAAAAACCUUUGCUCACUGAUAAUUGUCGAAAACAUAUUGAUAUUAUGUGUUUAAUGUGAUUACUUAAUGAUAUGUUUGAGACGUAGAAUGCUUGUUUUAGAGCCGACUGACCCUGGAAUGGCUAUAAGACCAUUACCACCAUGUGUUAGAAUUUUGAUACGUUAUAGGUGGAAAGCAAGGAAAAAUGAAUGCAAAUGCUUAAUGAUAGAAAAGCAUUCCAGGGCCCGACCCAUUCUUCAAAUGAUUUGGAACGGUAGCGUAGAGGGAACUUGGGUCGGGAACGUUGCUUUUGGCGAAGGAAGAUGGGUCAGAAGGAAGGUAAUUACUUGGAUCGAGGGGGUAGCGGCCAGAGUGAAUUCUUUUGGGAACAGCAGAAGGUAAUUACUUGGAUCGAGGGGGUAGCGGCCAGAGUGAAUUCUUUUGGGAACAGCAGCAGCGCCGAGAGCAGCGCAGCGACGGGACGAGUUGGGCACGAGAACAGCUGAUCGCCGGGCAUAAUUCAAUCAGUAUUUUCUUUCCUCGUGAUUAGUUGGAUGAUAAUUAUAAACAUGAUUGUGUGUUUUAUUUUCGUCAUGAACUAAACCCCAAUUUUUGGGGGAAACACCAUAGGAUGUAGCUAUUUCUAGAGUUGAUGGAUUGAUUCAUAUUUCUUUUCUUCCAAUCUCUAUUGCAUGAAAUUAAUUAACGCUUUGUGUUGACUGGCCACCAAUACAUCGAUUUGUAGUUAAUUAGGUUAUUAGCGACAGUGAAACCCUAAUAACUGAACCUAUUUCAUGUGACAUAGUAACUUAUCGAAGCGACAGUGGAUUAAAUAAGGUUCUAUGCAGUCUUGAUUGGGAUAUCGGUCUUAAGGCUAAAUAAUUAAUUCAUUGAGCUACGACGGUAGGAUUUGAAUUGAUUAUUUAGUACGUAGUAAUUCCCGACAGGGAUAGCUAACACAGUAGAGAUAUCCUGGCUAUAGAGAAUUGGAUUAAACUGAUUAGAAUAUGUGAAUUAAUUUGGAUGUGAUAGGUAGUGAGGCCUGGUGUUUCUCCCAGAGCUUUUUCCCAUUGAAUUUCUCUCGACCAUUUUAAUUUGCUUGUUUUGUUUGAUUAUUUUGCUAUUAGAUAAUAAUUUCAUCAACCAAACCAUUUUCACCUAUAGUUUGCUCCAUAGAAUUGUAAAUCAUAAGGUUGUACCAGUCCUUGAGAGACGAUACCCGAACUUUCCGGUUUUACUACGAGAUAGGAUUGAGGCAUUACUUCUGAAUGUAGAGAAGGUAACCCUUACUUCUGAAUGUUGUGUUGUGAUUCAGAAUAAAUUACCAGAAAAGAGGGAUGAUCCGGGAGAGGCAAGUUGACAUUCCGAGUAGGUAAGGAGGAGGAAAUUUUUAAUGUCUUUCAAGUUGACCAUAAACACGAUGCAUUUGAUGACUUUGAAAGUGGAGCUCGAGAAAGGAAAAUUCCUCUUCCUGUGAUAGUGGACUGCCCAAAGAACUAUCACAUGUCCUAGCAGCUCAAAGUAUGAAAUCAAAGCAAGGGCGGAAAUCCUUGCCAGGUCACCUUAAGUAAAGAUAUUUGGGUAAGGAUUUCAAUCUUCAUGUUAUUAUUCCUUCUUCACUGACAUUGAAGCAGGAAGAGUACUUGCUUGAGGCACUGCAAUACCACCUACGCCUCACUAAGGGGUCCAACAUGCAAGCUAAGAAUGUCAUACCCAAUUUCCGCACACCUGGCCCUGCAGAGGUGACUCAUAUGUUGGAUGGAGGUUAUGCAUUUUAUCAUUGCUCGGGAGGGUAUUCUGGAUACCUUUCCAUACACAUUGGUUGAAAGCUCCAUAAACGUUAGGCUGGGGACGUUAAACAAGCGCUUCUUGGGAGGCAACCCAAGGUGAGUUUUGUUUUUUUUUUUUUUUUUUUGCUGUGUCAAACCCGUGCAUGUUUAGAUUAGGAGUUGAACAUUAGGGACAAUGUGGUGAGUCUUAGUGUUGUUUUUCCCUGUUGCAUGUGGUAAAAAAAUAAAAAAAUGUCAUUUGGGUUGUGCACAGCCAAACUACAUGCAGUCUACAUGUGCUGGUGCAGUCUGCCUGUGCUAACCUAAUGGCUAAAAAAAUACCUAAAAAUCAGAAAAAUUAAAAAUAAAACCUUGUACUCUUGGGGUAACAUGAUGUAAAUGACCGUGAUGACUUGAAAAUGAGUUUGUGUUUGAAUGAAAUCAUCAAAAUCACCCCACUAGUGUUGAAUUGCAAAGUUCUUCACAAUGCGCUUGUUGUUUUGACUGACUUGAGAUGCUUUGAAUUAGCAAACUCUUUUAGCAACACUCUAUUUUGUGAGGAUAGUGUAAUGACUUUUGGUGAAGUAUUUAGGUGGAGAACAUUGAUCAUUCGACAUGUUUGGAUACCGUGCUUACUUGCAUUUGUUGUGAGCUUUUGACUUUGCAUUGAGUCUCUCUGUUGUAACAUCCCGAACCUUUUCCCGACAAAGAUAUUUUCCGCUUUGGGCCUCGACCCUCACGGUUUUCGACUUGGGGUGCAAUUCAAGGCGACUUCCCAUAAGGUCACCCAUCCUUGUUGUACUCCACACUGAGCACGUUUAACUUCAGAGUUCUCACAAGAACUCCUCCAUUACACCCCAAAACGCGUCUUGUAAGUUAAGGUUGGUUUCCUACUCUUAUGAACCAUGGAUCUCUCCCGUGCUUUGUCGAUGUGAGAUUUGCCUAAGGUGUUACAUACACCCCCACCCCCUUGGGACUCAACGUCAUCGUUGAGGUUUGCCCCACCAUCGUUCAAGAGGGACGCGGAGAGGCUCUGAUACCACUUGUAACAUCCCGAACCUUUUCCCGACGAAGAUAUUGUCCGCUUUGGGCCUCGACCCUCACGGUUUUCGACUUGGGGUGCAAUUCAAGGUGACUUCCCAUAAGGUCACCCAUCCUUGUUGUACUCCACACUGAGCACGUUUAACUUCGGAGUUCUCACAAGAACUCCUUCAUUACACCCCUAAACGCGUCUUGUCAGUUAAGGUCGGUUUCCUACUCUUAUGAACCAUGGAUCUCUCCCGUGCUUUGUAGAUGUGAGAUUUGCCUAAGGUGUUACAUACACCCCCCCCCUUGGGACUCAACGCCAUCAUUGAGGUUUUCCCCACCAUCGUUCAAGAGGGACGCAGAGAGGCUCUGAUACCACUUGUAACAUCCCGAACCUUUUCCUGACGAAGAUAUUGUCCGCUUUGGGCCUCGACCCUCACGGUUUUCGAAUUGGGGUGCAAUUCAAGGUGACUUCCCAUAAGGUCACCUAUCCUUGUUGUACUCCACACUGAGCACGUUUAACUUCGGAGUUCUCACAAGAACUCCUCCAUUACACCCCAAAACGUGUCUUGUCAAUUAAUGUCGGUUUCCUACUCUUAUGAACCAUGGAUCUCUCCUGUGCUUUGUCGAUGUGAGAUUUUCCUAAGGUGUUACAUCUGUUUUAAAAGGUUUUAUGAUGGGGUGAACUGUAUCUUUAUAAAAAAAAAUCCUACCUGACAAGUAAAAUAUAAGAAAGUUGCCAUAACAAUGAAAAUGUGGGUAAAAUGCCAAAAUCGUGUGAGGCAAUCACUCAUUGCACAGGGGGAUUAGGAAAGGUUCAACUGAGCAUCGGUUUGUGACCGUACGAUGUUGCUUAUCAAGUACGAUCCCCCGUUGAGUAAAGUGCCAUUUGAGAAUGUGUAGUGACCCUCCACACGGACCGAGGAAAAGGAGUUGAAAGAAGCCCUUAUGUGAGUGCUAAGAGACUGAAAUUGCUCUUGCUCUUGCUCGGUCACCGGUAGUAAGAAACAAAUCUCACUUUUACUAAAUACGACCACUCGGCAAUCAAAAUCAGAAAGAGAGAAAGCCUCUCCUUGUCAGAAAGGUAGUGACAUGCUUAAAGUUAAAACCAAGUUUGCGAAAGGCUUCCCCCAUUUGCUUUUAGACUCAUGCUUAGCAAAUUGCUCAUGCUUGGUAUGAGUAAGCCAGAUUGUCUUCACGAGAUAUGCACCUCACUGAUGUGGUCAGACUCUCCUAAUAACUGAUGCACCAUAAGUUGUUAACCACCCACUUCCGACGACCUGAAUUGAGUGCUUGGUAAUUGAGUUUUUGGUGGAUUUGAGUCGGUCAAUGUUAAAGGGUUGCAAGACCUUGAGUGUGGGGUGAAAGGGUAUGAUCAAUAAAGCACAACUCAUCCGUUGAGAAAGAAACUACUGAUUAUCACAAGAGUACAAGGAUAAAUUUAUGGUGUCGAUGUUGUGUUUUGUGUCUCGUGAGUCAUGGUGUUAAUGAUUGUGUUCCAUGGGUUGCGUGUUUUGAGCAAGGUUGUCCCUAUGUGGCUUGUGUUGUGUUUCCUCCAGUUAUCGUUUUCUUGUUUGAGUCGUUUCUAGGGACAAGCAAAUAUUGAGUGUGGGGUUGUGACAAUUGUUGAAAACAUAUUGAUAUUUUGUGUUUAAUGUCAUUACUUAAUGAUAUGUUUGAGACAUAGAAUGCUUGUUUUAGAGCUGACUAGCCCUGGAAUGGCUAUAAGACCAUUACCACCAUGUGUUAGAAUUUUGAUACGUUAUAGGUGGAAAGCAAGGAAAAAUGAAUGCAAAUGGUCAAUGAUAGAAAAGCAUUUCAGGGCCCGACCCAAACCAGUUUGGGCUAUUCUUCAAAUGAUUUGGAACGGUAGCGUAGAGGGAACUUGGGCCGGGAACGUUGCUUUUGGCGAAGGAAGAUGGGCCAGAAGGAAGGGAAGUACUUGGAUCAAGAGGGUAGCGGCCAGAGUGAAUUCUUUUGGGAACAACAGCAACGCCGAGAGCAGCGCAUCGACGGGACGAGUUGGGCACGAGAACAGCUGAUCGCCGGGCAUAAUUCAUCCAGUAUUUUCUUUCCUCGUGAUUAGUUGGAUGAUGAUUAUAAACAUGAUUGUGUGUUUUAUUUUCGUCAUGAACUAAACCCCAAUUUCUGGGGGAAACACCAUAGGAUGUAGCUAUUUCUAGAAUUGAUGGAUUGAUUCAUAUUUCUUUUCUUCUAAUCUCUAUUGCAUGAAAUUACUUAAUGCUUUGUGUUGACUGGUGACCAAUACAUCGAUUUGUAGUUAAUUAGGUUAUUAGCGACAGUGAAACUCUAAUAACUUAACAUAUUUCAUGUGACAUAGUAACUUAUUGAAGCGACAGUGGAUUAAAUAAGGUGCUAUACGGUCUUGAUUGGGAUAUCGGUCUUAAGGCUAAAUAAUUAAUUCAUUGAGCUACGCCAGUAGGAUUUGAAUUGAUUAUUUAGUACGUAGUAAUUCCCGACAGGGAUAGCUAACACAGUAGAGAUAUCCUGGCUGUAGAGAAUUGGAUUAAACUGAUUAGAAUAUGUGAAUUAAUUUGGAUGUGAUAGGUAGUGAUCCUGGUGUUUCUCCCAGAGCUUUCGCCCAUUGAAUUUCUCCCGACCAUGUUAAUUUGCUUGUUUUGUUUGAUUAUUUUGCUAUUAGAUAAUAAUUUCAUCAACCAAACCAUUUUCACCUAUAGUUUGCUCCAUAGAAUUGGUAAAUCAUAAGGUUGUACCAGUCCCUGAGAUACGAUACCCGAACUUUCCGGUUUUACUACGAGAUAGGAUUGAGGCAUUACGCUUUUGCCCUAUCAGUCACUAAUGGCAUGCUUUUUUGUAGUGAUGAUAUCAUUUUCAAUUUUUAUAAUAGCUAUUCCAUUAAGAUUUUCUUGUAUUAUUUUUUAAUACAAGUAGGAUUUUCGAAAGGGUUAAUAUCCUAGUUUGGCCCAAAGAUUGGGGUAAGUGACAAUUCUGUCCCAAUUUUUCAAAUAAGACAUUUAUUACCUA